CGCAGCCUGUUUGUUAUCCACAUGUCGUGUAGACGGCUUCACAUUAAAGGAAGAAGAUGAACAUUUCCACCAGGAUGUUUUAGGAACAGAUUUUCUCCGGCUGCAUCCUCCGUUCCUCUGUCCCGACAUGAGUCCGUCUCCCACCGUCCCCUCCUCCGUUGAAUAUGUCAAAGCUGCAGACGUCAAAGUCAUCGCCGCACUCGGAGACUCUUUAACUACAGCUGUUGGUGCCAACGGCUCCACCAUUCUGUCGAUACCUUUUGAAUUUCGCCAGGUGUCCUGGAGCAUCGGAGGAUUCAGAACUUAUCAACAUGUUAUCACACUGGCAAAUAUUUUUAAACUCUUCAAUCCCGACCUGCUGGGUCCAGCCCCCGUGGCGACCUUCCACGGUCUCCCAACGACGGUCAACGAGACCGGCUUCAACUUCGCCGUCACCGGCCACAACACGCUAAACGUCUCCGAUCAGAUUAGACACAUGAUCGACACGUUCAAGUCUUAUCCCGGUCUGAACUUUGAAGAGGACUGGAAGGUGGUGACGAUGAUGAUCGGCAUGAACGACAUCUGCGAUUACUGUAAAGACAAAACGCAGUUCUCCCCCGACCGCUUCAUUCACCACAUGACAAACGCUCUGGACAUGAUGAUGAAGGAGAUUCCCCGGACGAUCGUGAACGUGGUGCAGAUUCUUCCCAUGAAGCCUCUCAGAGAAGUUCAGAGACCCACUCUGGGCUGUCAGCUGCAAAAGAGAUUCUGCUCGUGUCUCGUUCAACCUGAAGAAAACUCCACUGAGCUGCAGGAGCUGGAGCAGAUUAACUUCAAAUUCCAGAGCAGAUUAGAGAAGCUUCUGCACGGCGAGCGUUUCUUCAAGAAGGACUUUGCUGUUGUUCUGCAACCUUAUUUAGAGAAGGCCGGACCUCCGAGACUUCCUGACGGGACGAUUGAUUUGAGCUUCUUCACGGCAGAUUGUUUCCACUUCACUGUUAAAGGACACGAGGAGCUGGCGAAGGGACUGUGGAACAACAUGUUCCAGCCUGAAGAAGGGAAAGAGAUAAUAAAGACAUUUUCAGAGCCAAUAAAACUCAUCUGCCCAACAAAGGAACAUCCUUACAUCUACACCCGAGUCGUGUCGUCUGCACAGAAACAUUCCUCCGUGACGCUGAUGUCUCUGCUCUUUGUGUUUAACUGUCUGUAGUUCAACAGACAGAGCGAGGCACUAACAUAAAAACAAACACUUCGGGAACUCUGACUUACGUUAGUGUGGUUAUUUUAAACUCUUCGGGUAAAAUAUUACAAUAUUUUGUACAUUCACAGAUAUAAAACAGAUUAUAUAACAUAUCUAGGAUUACAUAUUGAGAUUGGAACAGUCACAGAAAUAAGCGAAUUAAAAAGCCAAAUUAUCUUUUUUCAAAAUAAAAUGAAUAGAUAAUCAAAUAAAAUUGAUCCCCCAUGACUCACAAUUUAUCUUUGUGUCUUGUUGUUUAUAGACUCUUCAGAAUCACUAGAUAUUCCUGCAGCUUUUCUCUUAAAUUCAUAAUUUAAGUCAUUUAUUUUGUAAAAAUACAUCACCAGUAGACAUUUUCUGUACUGUAAUCAUUGUACUGACUUUUUUGGGUUGUGUUUACUUGUCUGGCACAUUUGUUUAUGUUGACACUGAAUUAAAAUGUAUAAUAUGUAACAUUUCCGCAUUACAAUGUGUAAAAACGACUA